AUGGCGACUGGCAAGCGCUCGGAAGCUCCGAGUGAGGCCGUGCAAGUCCAGCAGAAACACCCACAGCAGCAACUUGAUGGCGUCAUGGGCGUUGAUGAUACGGUCGUAGCGGAGCCGCAGGAACCGCUGCUUCCGAUGCAUUCUUACAAGCAAAUGGCCGAUGGUGACCAGGCCGAGAAUGAAGAUGCAGACACCAACGCCACUGCCGUUCUGCGUGAGAAACUGCUGAUCCCCAAAGUUCGCACCUUCUCCAUGCUGGACGCCGCCUCCACGUCGCAACUGGGCAGAUAUUUAGAGGACGAGGAAGCGUUGCAUCCGCCCCUCGAGCCCGUGGGCAGUAGCAGCUCACUGCACACAUCUCUACUGAGCUCCAACGGGUCAGCAGUGCCCCGCCCGCCACACAGCAAGAACCUCGUGCUGGACCCCGAGUCCAAUGGAUCCGUGCUCCAGGCCGCGGUCUCGUCAGGCGCCGAGGUCGUGGAGGUCGUGGCCGAGCAGAGCUGGCUCAUCACCAAACUCGCAGUGCAGCUCAUCUGGGCGCUACGCAUGUCCAAGCGCUGGAUCCUGUGCGCACUGCGUCUGAUCUCGUUCGUCUUCCUGCUGCUGCCCCCGAUCGUCAAGGUUGCGAUCUAUUGGUUUUUUGCUGAAAAUGUGCACAAGAACAUCAUCUACGGCCUCAACCGACGUAACCUGCUGGAUGUGUACACAGUGCCGCAGGUGAAGAAAAAAGAGGGGGACGACGUGGCGUCUCCGCCGACCAAGUCGCGCAGUUCCAGCGUCGCCAGCACUGGCAGUGCGAGCUUCACGGAGGCGAGAUAUCCUGUCGUCGUGUUUGUGUCUGGAGGAGCGUGGAUCAUUGGGUACAAGGCGUGGGGCGCUCUCAUGGGCCGCGUGCUGGCAUCUCUGGGCGUGGUGGUGGUCAUGCCCGACUACCGCAAUUUUCCGCAGGGUGUGGUGCCCGACAUGGUCGAGGAUGUGACGCGUGCCAUGCAGUGGGUAUUUGACAACAUUCACCUCUUUGGCGGAGACCGCGAGAACGUGCAUCUCAUCGGCCAGUCGGCCGGCGCGCAUCUUGCCAUGUGCACGUUACUAGAACAGGUAGAGAAGAAGCGCAGCGCUUCAGUUAACUCGGCAGCGUCACCAAGUAGCAGCGUCGGCGGCAUGGGCAACACUUCGGAUUGCGAAAGUAUCGAGAGUUUGUCACCUUUGGCUCAGCCGAUCACGUGGAAUCUGCGUCAGAUUCGCAGCUACAUCGGCAUCUCCGGGCCGUACAAUAUGGAGGCCAGUAUUGCAACUUUCCACCGCCACGGCUUCGACCGCGCGGUGGUGGAGCGCAUUAUGGCGCACCGGUUGGCGUACUACUCGCCGUCCUUGCGGUUAUUAGCGCUGAGCGAACUGCCGUCGAGGACACGUCAUGCGUUGCUGCAAGACUUCCCGCCGUGUUUCCUGUUCCACGGAACGGCUGAUAAGACGGUGAGCUACAGGUCGUCAGAGCAGCUGACAGCAGCACUCCAGUCCUGUAGCAUCCCUGUAUCCACGCGCUUCUUCGAGGGUAAGACGCACACAGACCCGAUCAUCGAGGACCCGAUAGUCGGUGACGACUUCCUGCUGGACGACGUGAUGGCCGCGCUGAAGGCGCAAGCGCCGGUCGACCCGAUCACCGGCAAACCGCGCUACGAGCUGGGUGCGCGGCCGCAGGAGAAGCGAUUCUACCCCAAGCUUCUCGUGCGUGUAGCUCGCAAGAUUAAUCCGUUCUAG